CGCCGUUGGAGGGAAAGAGCAAACACACCGGACACACCAACAGCGCAAGCAGCGCAAGCAACGCUCACUCUCACACACACUCAACACACUCACCACGACCAAGCAACGUUCCUUCCGCUCGCUCAUUCGCACACACACACACACACACACAUCCCCUGCUUGCUGACAACGGACGCGACCAUGUUGAGGCGAAAGAAGCAGCCGCCGUCGACACAUUUGAGCUUGGCGUUUCAGGAUGUGGCUGGCGUUCCAAGGGACGUGGAUGGCUCGCCAUACAAGUCGCUGGACCUGUCACACAACCGAGUCUCCAAGCUGCAUUCACUCAAGACCUUCACCAACCUGGAAUCCCUCGUGCUGGACAACAACAAGAUUGGCACACACGUGCAGUUCCCUUUUCUACCACACCUCACGCGUCUCUGGCUCAAUAACAACGAGGUUGACAACCUCGUCAUCUUCAUCGACAAGGUUGCGGUACAGUUCCCAAAGCUGAAGGAGCUGUCCAUGCUGAACAAUCCAGCGGCGCCCUCCUUUUUCAACGGCGGCACAAAGGACGAAUAUCACGCCUACAGAUUGUAUGUCAUCUCGAGAAUACCAACGCUGGAGGUGCUGGACCAGAGCAAGGUGACCGUGGAGGAGCGAAAGGCGGCCGUGAAGAUGAAGACGUAGGCCAACCCUCUCAUCCUUGUUUCCUUCCUGCUAUGUAUCUUCCCCAACCACGUGACUUCCCCCCAACCAACCCACAUGCAGCUUGUAGUUACCUUGCUUGACUGACCCUUCCUUCCCUUCCGGAUGUUGUUUGUGUUGCUUGCUACAACGGCACACGCACAUAUCCGCCCGUGCUCCCUCCCAGAUUGCCGCACAACCAUUACACAUUUUUCAACAUC